UUAUUAAGUGAAGAGGCUCUGAAUACAGCUUUUGUUAUCUUGUGGCAAAAUAUAAGCAAGCGUUGGCUCUUCCAAACUACUUGUUCUUGGUUCCUGUUCCGCCAGUUAGUGAUUAAUCUUCUUCCUCUCAUUACCUAAGGUUCCACAUCAGACGCAUACACAGGUAUGGACUCAGGGAGUCAAGAUCAAAAAGGAGAAAACAUUUCUGAUGAGACAACAGUUGAUUGGAAAGGCAGACCCUCGAAUCCCAACACACAUGGGGGUAUGAAGGCUGCUGCAUUUGUUCUUGGGGUACAAGCAUUUGAGAUAAUGGCUAUAGCAGCAGUUGGUAAUAAUCUUAUAACAUAUCUGACAAAUGAGAUGCACUUUUCUCUGUCGAAAGCAGCAAAUAUAGUAACAAACUUCAUCGGGACCGUCUUCAUCCUCUCCCUCUUUGGUGGCUACCUAUCUGAUUCUUAUCUCGGUUGCUUCUGGACCAUGGUUAUCUUUGGCUUUAUCGAACUCUCUGGUUUCAUACUGUUAUCAGUGCAAGCCCAUCUCCCUCAACUCAAGCCACCACAGUGCAACAUGCUAAAUGAUGGAGAUAGAUGCAUAGAGGCCAAGGGAGUUGAGGCUACUAUAUUCUUUGUAGCUCUCUACUUGGUGGCAUUAGGGAGUGGCUGUGUGAAGCCAAACAUGCUCGCUCAUGGUGCUGAUCAAUUGAAUAAAAGUGACCCAAAGCAGGCCAAGAAGCUGUCCACCUACUUCAAUGCUGCUUACUUUUCCUUCUCCAUGGGAGAACUCAUUGCUUUAACCCUCCUUGUUUGGAUCCAAACCCAUUCGGGCAUGGAUAUCGGGUUUGGGGUGUCUGCCAUCGUCAUGGCAAUGGGCUUGAUCUGCUUGGUUUCUGGUACCCUAUUUUACAGGAACAAACCUCCUCAAGGAAGCAUUUUAGCCCCUAUAGCACAAGUUUUUGUUGCUGCAACUUUAAAGAGGAGUCAAGUGUGCCCAUCUAAUCCCCACAUGCUUCAUGGAAGCAAAAAUGAGCACUGGAACAACAUUUCCACAAUGUCAAAUGAGACUCUGAAUCUUUGUCAUACUGAUAGGUUCAGGUUCUUAGACAAAGGUUGCAUUAGGAAACAAGAAGGGAAUAAUAAUAAUGCAAAGGAAAGUCCCUGGAGGCUGUGCACUGUGAACCAGGUGGAGCAAGUGAAGAUCCUAAUUUCUAUCAUACCAAUAUUUGCUUGUACAAUUGUCUUCAACACCAUUUUAGCACAGCUCCAAACCUUCUCCGUCUCACAAGGAAGUGUGAUGAACAACCAAAUCACAAAAUCGUUCCAUAUCCCACCAGCCUCACUCCAAGCCAUCCCUUACAUCUUGCUAAUCUUUGUAGUCCCACUCUAUGAUUACUUUUUUGUCCCUUUUGCCCGAAAAUUCACUGGUCAUAUUUCUGGAAUCACGCCUUUACAGCGUAUUGGGUUCGGCUUAUUUUUCGCAACUUUUUCAAUGGUUUCUGCUGCCAUAAUGGAGAAAAGGAGAAGGGAUUCCUUUUCAAACUCUGGUCAAACGUUAUCCAUAUUUUGGUUAACCCCACAAUACUUAAUCUUUGGAUUAUCUGAAAUGUUUACAGCUGUGGGGUUGAUCGAGUUCUUUUACAAGCAGAAUUUGAGAGGGAUGCAGUCUUUCUCAACGGCUAUCACAUACUGUUCAUACUCCUUCGGUUUUUAUCUGAGCUCAGUGCUUGUUUCUGUGGUAAAUAAGAUUACGACGAGAUCAAUGGAUGGUGGUUGGCUCGGAGGUAUUGAUCUAAAUAAGAGCAGAUUAGACCUUUUUUACUGGCUGUUAGCUGGACUAAGUUUGAUCAACUUCCUCAACUAUCUCUUCUGGGCAAGGUGGUAUAACAAUUCAAGUAAUCGUUCUUCAUCAAGCAAAGCAGAUCAUGAUUCCAUCGAAGAAGACUUUCCUAAUACCUUCCACCCUGCAAAAGCUGUUGGAGAUGACCAGAUUCCUUGAUAUUAGUAUGAUAUCAGAAUAAUUUAUGUUUGAGCAGUCUAGGUUUUUCAGUUGACUAGAAAUUAACAGAAAAGUUUGUAAGAUAAAGGAUGUGCUAUAUGUGUAUAGAAAAAGGUGCCAUAAUGUAAUGCAAGUAUUAUCCUCUAUGGAAGGCAAAACCAUUUGAAAUGUCUUUUGCUAGUUUCUGUUUAUUC